AUGGAAGAAACAAAACGCCUUCAGAAGGUUUACCAACUAUUUGCAGAGUCAACCACUGAAAGGAUCCCCACAGACAGAUUGGUGGAUGUACUGAGGUUUGCAGGAUACAUCAUAUCUGAGAGCUACAUUGGAGAGCUUCUGUCCUCGAUUCCUGGGGAGACGCUUGAUUUUGGCCAACUGGUGGAUGUCUGCGAAAGAAUCAGGGAAAGAGAAAUAACACGAGAGGAGCUGCAGAACUCUUUCAGAAGACUGGACGUAGAUAACACAUCGUACAUUGAUGCAGGGAGAUUGGUCCAGAUUCUUUCCUCUGGAGAAAACAGGUUCAGUGACGAGGAGAUCGAGGAGCUUCUGAACAUCCUGAAUCCAGACGGAGAUGGGAAAAUUUGUUACGACCUAGUCAUCAAGAACAUAUUUGGAUACUAA